UUGAGGUUUUCUGUGAUUUGUAUUUGUGAACAGUUUCUCGGACAAUCCAAAUAUGGGAUAUUUUAUUCUUUAAAUAAAACCAUUAAAAAGGGAGCAUUAAAGAGCAAGACAAGGCAAAUUGAUUGUGGUUACUGAAGAUAAUCUUUCAGCACAAAACUCUGACAAUAAAUAAUGGAGUUAAUAUUUCAGUCUUAAAAAAAGAAAGAGAAAAGGUUGACCCAAACUUUGGAUUAAAAAUUAAUAUUUUCUGGCUUUCUUUUUGUGACCUUUCGAGACAAUUUCUGAAACAGUGUAGCAAAACACUACACAGCGGAGUUUGUUUUUAAACACCAAUGAUAAAGAAUAUGAAGCAAUACAACAAGAUUUGUAUGUUGUUUUGGUGCGUUGUACACGUCACUGGAUCCACUUUACCAAGACAACAAGGGAAAUGGAUUGUUGACACUAAAGAGGCUCAUUUUAUUAUAAGUCUAAAUAGCACAUCAGAAAUCGAGACUUCUGCAAAGGAAGGGAAAACUCAAGAACCAGUAGUAUUCAAUGUAGAUAACAAUCAAACUUCAGUAGUUGUUCAAAAAAACCUUCACCUUGAGAAUAAAACGCAAUGGUUUAUGCAGAAACAUAAUUUAAGUUUUCAAGAGACUGUAAGGCAAAAGGAUAUAGCCGUGGAAGAUACGUUAAGCAAAAGUUGGGGGCCAUUAACAAGGCUGGUAGAAAGUGUUAGCAACAGAGGUGAAACAGAGAAAACUCUGCCAGAAUCCUAUAAUAUACCAUACAGUAAAAACUCCACAGACAUCGCUAGCAAUAACACAUUGCCUUCGUUACAUCUAGCCCCAAAACAAUCAAUCAGUCAACAAAACAAUCAUAUAUUACUAGAAAAUAUUUUUGUAAACUCUAGUCUUGAGAGUGUUAACUCUUCCAGUCAAAUCUCAACAUUGAAUCCAAAUGAAAGCAGCACGGAAGACACAUUCAGAACAGAAGAGCCACAUCCACUGGGCAUUAAAGCGCCCAACCUUUCCUCUAUUGGAGAUAAUACAAAGAACUGUACCACGUGUGGAGGUCAAGGCUUGCCUGAAGAGACUGUCAAGGAGCUCCGGUUAAAUAUGUUUGCCGCUCUGCUGAGACAGAAGCUGCAUAUGCCAGACCGUCCAGAUAGUGAGGUAGUCCCCACAGCUCCGGCAAUGUCUACAGAUUUAUUGCAUCGAAUAUUUCAGAAGGAACAGCUCAAAGACGAGAUCGAUGGUUUCUAUGCUGUAGACGAUGAAGUCAUUUUACCAGGAUACCAACGAGGUGAUGUGUGUGAUGAUUGCUUUCAAUUUGAUCUUCAAAACCAAGUCAGUGGAGAUAUAUCUGCAGCUCACCUCUGGUUCAACCUACACUUCUACGGUCCUGAGGGAAACAUCCCACUCGUUCUUCUCUACGAGAUUGAGCUGCACCAAGGUAAAACUUUUAGAAAAAGGAUUUACUUCAAGCGUAGUGACUUACAAUACAAAAGUGAAUGGGCAACAAUUGACCUGACCAUGCCGGUCAAGAAGUGGAUAGGUGAAGGUGCCAACAAGAAACUUCUGUCAAUUAUGUGUAAAAAUUGUGCUUCUAGUGAAGUUAAGUCUGAACAGAAACCUGUCCUGGAAGUGAAAUAUUUGAAGACAAAUGUUGAACAGCGCAAGAAGAAGAAUGCCGAAUGUGAUCCCCGCAGUACGUGUUGUAAGCGACCCCUGGAGGUUAAUUUCAGCGCGAUCAAUAUGCAUCACAUAGUUGUCCCGGCAUCAUUAAGUGUUGAUUAUUGUUAUGGCUAUUGUGACGGGGUUGAUAAAUACACCUACAACCAUACACUGCUGAAACAGAGAUACCGUUGGGUUUAUUUACCCAAUCAUUCAUCCCACAAUCAUUCACUCAGGGAACAGCUGAAGCCUUGCUGUGUACCACUGGUUCUCAAAACUUCCCGGGUUAUGAUCAGCGAGAACAAUGUAACCAAGAUGGAACUACUGCCCAACGUCAUUGUAGAGAGAUGCGGAUGUCUAUAAAUAGACACAGUGGCUCAAUGAGAGGUUGCUGAUCAAUGCAAUAAACUUUUUUUUAAAGACUUCAAGCAGCAAUCUUGUAACCCCAACAACAACAAAACAUUUAAGGUUUCGCUCUGAAAAAAAAAUAUUACAUAGAAAUAUUACAUCCCUUUUUCUUUUCCGUACAAACCAACGUGAUUUUAAGUUUAGUUUUCUUUUGAACUGGCUUGGUUAAAGAAACAUGUUCUCAGCUUUAAAUUUUUAGGUAGACUAUCUGAUUGAUCUUUGUGUUAUUUUAAAAUGUAAUGAGCGUUACCCUUACAGGAACAGAAAAGUUUGGAAAAGAGAUAUUUAACAGAGAGAGGAAAAGAGAGAUAGAUUUCAAUCAUACACUAAGACGCGCUAUGAGCUAAAUGGUCGGUGACAAGUCUAGUCACUUACUGAGCCAUAGACAUUUUCCAUUUGUUUCAUAAUAAAAGCACUAAAGUGACAAUUUAAGUAGGUGGACUACUCACUUGUACACAGACACAUAAACCUACCUAUCAAUGCAAAUAUUGAGAUAGUCAAAUGCUAACACCACCGUGCAAGGUAGGCCUACAAGAAGGCUCGUGGGUGGUGAACGUCUUUUAUUAAAUGUGUUGUGCUAUCUGUUUACUUGUCAGGAAUAAAUUAUUAUAAUUAUUAACUUAUUAAUUUAAAUACUUGAAGCCCAUUUACAAAUUAUUUUUGUAUUUGUGUUUUUAUGAAAUAUUUAUACGGAUUGUUACCUUUACAAUGUUUAUAUAGUGCUUAUGGUAUUAUUUGUUUGUUUCCUUUACAACAAUGUUUAUAGAGUGCUUAUGGUAUUAUUCGUUUGUUUCCUUUAUCGUUUAAUCUGAUUAUACCGUCUGCUUAGCGCCAAACAAAUCGUUCUAUUAAACAAUCCAUUCAAAACA